AGGGGCGGGCUCUCAUGAAGAGAGCGUCGGACUUUGAAACUCUGAAUAUAAAAUACCACAGUUAAGAGUGGCAGUUUCAUUUUCCUAGAAAUAAGGUUACUUUUUUGGAAUGGAUUGGAAAAUCUUGGCCUACUCUGUAGGCUUUUAUGUUUGUCAUGUUGUAGUUUCAUCUUUGCACCGUAGAGGGUACUAUACAGCUGCAGUUUAUGAACAUCAGGUAAUACUGAAUCCCGAUCCCAGUGUUCCUUUAAGCCGCCAGUCUGCACUGCAGCAUAUGAAGAAAAAUCUUGACAUAUAUGAAGAGCAGGUAGCCUUAGCAGCUAAGAAGGGAGCUCAGUUGAUUGUGUUUCCAGAGGAUGGUAUCCAUGGCUUCAACUUCACAAGGCAGUCUAUUGAGCCGUAUCUGGAGUGGAUACCAGACCCUAAAUCUAUCAAGUGGAGUCCAUGUGCGAACCCUGGCAGGUUUCCCAACACAGAGGUUUUGCAACAAUUGAGCUGUAUGGCAAAAACUAACAGAAUUUAUCUGGUAGCCAACAUGCCGGAUUGGCAAGAAUGUCUGCCUAGAGACCCCUACUGUCCACCUGAUGGAAGGUACCAGUUCAAUACGGAUGUGGUCUUCAGCGAUGACGGCACCAUUGUUGCUAGGUACCAUAAGCAAAACUUGUACUUUGAAGCAGCCUUCGAUACCCCUGUGGAUCCUGAGUAUGUUUUCUUUGAUACGCCUUUUGCUGGCCUCUUUGGCGUAUUUACAUGUUUUGACAUACUUUUCUAUGAACCAGCCGUGACCCUAAUAGAAAAAUUUAAAUUGAAACAAAUUGUUUAUCCGACUGCAUGGAUGAAUCAGCUUCCUCUCUUAUCUGCGAUUCAAAUGCAACGGUCUUUUGCCUCCGCAUUUGGACUGAACCUUCUGGCUGCUAAUAUCCACCAAACUGAUUUGGAUAUGACAGGAAGUGGCAUUUACACCCCUUCACUCUCCGUGUAUCACCACGACAUGGAUAGUCAUAAUGGCAAGCUGCUUGUAGCCACGAUUCCUAUCAUUCCUGACAGUUCAAAUGAUGCACUCGUAGACAAUUGGCAUUUGAUUUCCUCCAGAACCUUAAAUAUGGCCAAGACAAACAACUUGCAGUUCUGUAGCAGUGAAUCUGAAGCGUGUUCAGGACAUUCUCCCAAUCAAGUUCCUUUUGUGAAACCUUUCCACGCACUAAUGAUGUAUGAUAACUACACCUUCACUCCGCUGCUGGCAGAAGAGGGCAAUGUUGCCGUUUGCGACGGCUCAUUUUGCUGCCACUUGUCUUACGAGCGGUCCCCUCCAUCUCAUGAGCUGUAUGCACUGGGUGCCUUUAACGGUCUACACGUGGUUCAUGGUACUUACUAUCUUGAAGUGUGUGCACUUGUCAAAUGCCCGGGCUCAGACUGGCAUAGCUGUGGUGGAGGGACAGUACAUGCGAGCAGCGCUCUAAGUUUUCACUUGUGGGGUAAUUUCACCACUCGCUUCAUUUUCCCCCAGAUAUUAGCAAGUGAGAUGCAACUCGAUAUUCCUGAUAAAAUGGGCUGGGAAAAAGAGAACUUCUUUAUGACGAAGAACAACAUGUCUGCUGGCCUCAUAACAGCUGCACUGUAUGGAAGAGUUUAUGAAAAGUCCUGAGGUGCACAAAAAAGGUCAAAGGGCUUGACGAUAAACCGUAGCUGACAAUGUUAGGCACGGCGUCUGAAAAAUAUUGAGGCUGCAUAUAGAAAUGUAUUGUGGUUCUGAUUUGUGAGCCGAUUAAAAAUGAUAAUGAAAUUUAUGUGAAAACUGACAAAAGCAUUGGCCUCGGUGUCAAAUCCUGAAAAUUCACAGUUUUAAUGUUUGCCUUUGUUAAUGUGGGCCAAGUUAGGUGAAAUUCUGACUUUUCAUAUUUUAUAUCCUUGCAAACAAACCUCAGUCCUGCUAAGUUUUUGAGAUGUGACUAAACAAAUGAAAAUCUGGCUGUAUCGACUUUGACCCAUGAAUCAAAAUGGAAAACGGCUCCUUAACCAGUGCAGAUGCUGAGUGGUCCCUUAAAACGCAUCCCAGCUACUUCUCGAUAACACCAACGGGCUUCGGCAUGGCAGCUCUUUUAGAAUCGCCUUCUUCACAAACUGCUCUACACGGCUCUCUCAUGAUUGCUUGAUGUCUUCACUUGCCCACUGUGGACAAUUUUACUUUAUUUUCAAGUUGCUCUUCUUUCGUUUUUUUUCUUUCACAUAGUGAGUAGCUUGGGAUGUGUGUUUUUACAGUCGUAUAUUAAAAAAUUGUUGCUGUGAUUACUAUACAAAAAUCUUAAUAAAUGGAAUUCUUCACUCAAAAAUGA